UUCCUAAGUAGGCAACGUAUACGUAACUUUUUUAUAUAUCACAACAAUAACAUUAUAAAUAUAAAUCUCAAAUACACAACGUCACGAUGACAUAACGUCACAGACAUCAAAACAAACAAGUACAAUAAUAUAAUAUACAAUAAAACCCAAAAAUAAUGUGGGAGUGAUGAAUCGGGACUUCGUGUACGACCAUCAGGGAAGGCCGACAGCUUGGUCCAGGGCUGGCAGCACCCUGAACAGGUGGUUGUGGGGCGCUCUCUGUUGCGGAGUACCCGGUAUACCGUGCUAUUUCUGUACGUGCUGUGAGAAGCUCGAUGAUACCGAGAGAGACCGCCCGAGAGUCAAUCAAUCAACGGCGACUGGCGAGCGUAUGACUCGUCCGCAUCGACCGCACGCGCCGCGAGGAAGGAAGUCCACUCCGGAGAUGCUGUCAGCGGUCAGAUGUGCGCUGUCCCAGCUGCAGGGAGAACCAGCUCCACCAUUACCUGCUACGCUGUCAGCGAGUCAUUCAUCAGAACCUGGAUAGUAUACACAACAGAGAAGACAAGACGGAAGUUAUAUUUCAUCACUAAGCAGCAACUUAGGCAUUUUAAUUGUCAUUCUUUAUUGUUAUCCUAG